CGCCUUAUUUCAGGAAGUCGUUUGUAGUCAUAGUAGCGCCUAAUCUUUCACUGAAUUGCUGUAACUUCAAUUGAAUUUUUAACUCUCGUUCGAACAUAAUCUGAUUACCAGGCUGAGGUGUAACGACCAUUUAUUCCUGUUUGGACUUCCCAGUUAGAAAACCGUCAACCUGAUGAUGGAGGCUCCGCUGGAAUCCACGCACAAUCCCGACCUGAACUCCGUGCUGUCUGGAUGUGAGCCAGAGCUGCAGGAGUUAAUGAGGCAGAUCGAUAUCAUGAUCAAUCAUCAGAAGAAGGAGUGGGAGGCUGAGAUCCGGGCUUUGGACAUGCGGCUGAGGAGCACAGAGGAGGAGCUCCUUACCUCCAGGAGCAUCAUUGAACGCAGAGACCUGGAGAUUGGAUUACUCCACAAGCAGCUGGAAGAGGUUCAGAUUUGCCCCCAAGAUGUCGUUUCUAAAUAUGAGCAACAGCUGCAGAAAGUCAGUGAGGAGUUGGAUAAAUUAAAGAGAAGUUACCACAAACUUCAGCGCAGACAGCUCAGGCAGACGAGCGGCGGAGCUUUCAGAGAGCUUUCACAGGAGAAUCCUCCUCAGUAUCAAAUCCAGCGGACAGAGCUGCAGGCCCAGAAUAAGAGCUUGACCGAUGAGCUCCUUCAGAUCAAGUCUCAGCUGGCAUCCAGGCAGCACUGGCAGUGCUGUGUGGAGCUGCAGCAUCUGCAAGCUGAGCUGCAGAGGAUGCAGGCCGACCCGCUCUCACACACUCCAAACGCCGCCUCACAGCCCGAGUCGUCUGAUCAGAACCAGAGAGAGCAGCAGCAGCUCUCAGAGGAACAGGAAGAUCUUCGCAUCCAGGAGUCGUUGGUGCAAAGAGAGAACCAGAGGCUUCAAAAUGAAGCUGCUAAGCUAAAGCAAAUGCUUCGAGCUAAAGAUCAAGUCAUUCGCUCUUUGGAGGAUUGCCUGUCAGCUCAGGGCUUGGCUGGAGUGGAAAACCUCAGAGGAGAUCUGGAGAGGUCUGCAGUCCAGCUGCAGUGUUCCAGAGCCUGCGAGACCCACCUUAAGGCGGAGCUUAAACGCACCAGAGAGAGGCUGGAGACUGUGAGCAGAGACGCAGCUGAUCGCUCAGAGGUGGAGCAGGAAGUGACCGGCCUCAAGGCCCAGUUUGACUCUUCGGUUGCUGAACUGAAAAAGCUGAGGGCGGAGCUUGAAAUGGCCAGGCAGACCCACGCUGCUGAGGUGGAGGGGAUGCGGGCGAAGGUUUCAAAGAUGACUGGCGAUCUGCACCAGCGAGAGCAGACGAUCGCCACACUGAGCGGCUCCAGCAUCAAGCAGCAGCUUGACGCUGAGGUGGAGCGAGCAGAGCUGAGGGCAGCGGAGCUCAGGAUGACUUGGACCCAGGUGGAGACUCUGCAAAAGGAGAACCAGCGCCUGCAUGAGCUGCUGCAGAGACGGCAGUCUCCUUCACCAAAGCUGAGGGGAGACUCCUCAGCAGCUUCACUCGGGGAGAAGCACAUGCAACAAACGGACCCUCAGCAUCAUGUCUCAGAGCAGGCGGGCUCAGUGGCUCCAGACAGGCUUCAGAUGGACUCACAGGCCAUGAGGGCCCAGUCCCAAGAAUGCAGCACGCACCGCGAGGGGGAGAUUCAGAGGCUUUUUAAAGAGCUGCAUGCUCUGUCUAUGUCCCCCAGAGCGCAGCACUGCAGCCAGGACCAAGACUCCACGCCUCCUCUGUCCUCCUCCUCCAGCAGCAUCAGUGCUGGGCCGAGCAGGAGGAACUCUGUCCCGUCGUCAAGUCCGGAUGAAGAAAGACAAAGCGAGCUUUGGUCACACAGCACAGUUUCACAGUUCCUGGAGGAGGAGAGCUUACGGUCCAAGGAGCUGCUGCAGAGGCUGGACACCCACAUCCUGGGAAUGAGAGAGAAUAACCUCAGGACAGUGUCCAAGUACGGGGGGCGUGGCCUCAGGCCUGAGUGGGAGCAGACCUCCAGCGAGCGGGCCUCAGUCUAAUCAAACGAGAGGAACAUUCUGGCAGAGGGUUAGUGAACAGAAAUCCCAGCAGAGCCUCCCGAGCAACUCGUCAACACACGUUAACUUCACCAUGGUCGCUGCAGAACGCCAGCAUGAAAUAAAGAGAUUCUUUCACCUUCAUAGCAUCAUUUCAGGAGGAACGAGUGGAGGCAGGAAGUUUCUUAAUCUGAGCCUCGAUGCUCCUCCUGGUUCGUUGUUUCCAUGACUCCCGACCCUGGCUGAGUUGUAGAUGUUUCAACAUCUUUCAGACCAGCACCGCGUUGCUCCUGAGGUCUGAGAUGAAACCAGAAAUGCUCUUUUAUAGAUCGUCUUUCUGUUUUUGCAGAAAUGCAUUUAUCUAACAAAACUGCUGAAGAAAGUUUCAGUUCAAAAUAAGACAAAUGAAGAGGAGCUUUUAUUGUUGGUGUGAAAAUAAAGACUUCAAACUCUGACAUCA